AUGCCCGCCGGCGGUUGCCACACUCGCUACGUCUGCCCCUACAUAGACGACCUCGCUACCGCGACAAUCACGGCGUCCACGUACACCAGCUACAAGUACAUCGGCAACUACCAGGGGCUCUUCAACGACCAGGGCGGGCAGUUCGUGCCGCACCAGCGCGGGUCGGGCCCCGUGAAUUUCGAACGGUACACGGAGGUGGGGACCAUUUUCGACGUGGUGAAGGGCGUGUACGGCGACACGCUGCAGGAGUGCUGCCGCGCGUGUGCGCGCUCCACGUACUGCUACGAGUGGCACUGGUUCAAAAACUCGCGCCUGGCGGGCGAGAAUGCCCAGGUGGCGGGGUUCAUUGACCGCGUGCAAUGCUACCUGCUGGAGAAAAACGGCGGCUCGGGCACGUCGGACUCCUUCAAGACGCCCAUGGCGGGCGACGCGGCCACGCAGGCGGCGAACGCGGCGACGUACCCGCUGAGCUUCGUGGGCGGGCUGUGCAACGGCACGGCGCUCGUCGAAAACGAACCGCAUCUCACGGGCGCGCACGGCACGCACUACGACUUCACCGGCCGCCUCGAUCGCUCAUUCUGCCUCUUCUCCGACCGUCGAUUCCACGUCAACAUGCAUCUCAACGGCUACCAGGGCGCGCCGCCCGCGGUUUCCGCAACCGCGUCAGCUAAGGAUAAGGAGGCGAGCACGGAGCUGCACACGUGGAUUAAGGAGGUGGGCGUGGUGUGGAUGACACCCGACGGCGUAAACCACACGUUGCGCAUGGUUGCGCGCAAGGGCAAGCAGCAGGAGCGCGGGGACGGCGGAUUCCUCUCGUUGCUCGAGAUCGACGGCGCCGCGACGGCGCCUCCAUCGCACGAAGGACCCUGCUUGCUGGCAAUUAGCGUGCUGGCUUCUCGUCAUGCUCGUGCAGGUUGGGUUCGGAGCAAUUGCAGGCAAUACUGA